UUAAGUCAGCGGGUGGAUUCGAAUGAGUUGUAUACAUCGUGUGGAGAUACUUGUAAUUUGUGUGAAGCAAUUUUCUUGAUUUUCAACAAUAUUAAACCCUUCUUAUUGAUCGUUAUAGAAAGGACCAAUUGUGAGGAAUGUUUAUGAUGACAAGAAGCUGAACCAAAGAUCAAGGAAAAUGAAGGGACUAACAGUCGACCAGAUCAGUGCUGAUCGCGUGACUUUCCUUGCGCAGCAGUACUGGUCACCAGAUACCAAGGAUUCACACCUACCAUACGAUCCACAAGUGAUUCAGGAUGUCUACCAGAGUGAAGUAAAAGCAACAGACUUUGAAACAAGACGAAUUGUUGUUCUGGAGUUGAGCCAGUACCUGGAGAACUAUGUGUGGCCAAACUACUCAGAAAAUGCCUCACCUGCUCACCUCAUGUCUGUGGUUGUCCUGGUCAAUGAGAAGUUCCGAGAACGUGUUCCUGCAUGGGACUCUUUUGUCAAGCACCCUGGACCUUUCCCCAAUUUCCUGAGGCAUUUGAUGAAAGCCUGUUUGGAUACCACCAGGAAAUUCACACAGAAGGAGCAGACUCACAUGAUCGUGUUCUUGAAUCAUCUCUAUAAUAGUAUUGAAACCGAUCUUAUAAGAAAUGGAAUCAGCCACACUGUUUCGUAUAACAUUUUGGAAUGCCUUUCAGAAGGUCAGCUACAGACAGUGCUAAAGGAAUUUCCUAACUGGGCCAAGGCUUUGAAAAGGACAGCAAGACACAGGAAGAAGAUCAAAGAAGAUGAACUGGAGAAUUUCAACUUCGAUACAAAGUUUCUCUACAGUUUGAUGCAACAGUUCAUGCAGAAGUUAUCCACCAUUCCAGCCGAUGAGAAUGUAGGUGUAGCACAGGAUGUUGUCCAUUACUGUGAGCGAUUUCUUGAACUCAUGAUUGAUUUGGAAUCUCAGCUGCCAACGAGGAGGUUCUUCAACACACUGCUGCAUUCUUGUAACCUUAUAGUCAGAUGUCAGUUGUCAACACUUGCUGCCAGAGAGGAGGGCAAGCUAUUUGCACAGCUGCUCUACAUUCUGAAAGUAUAUGCACAGUUUGAGAUCAAUGACAAUACUGGCCAACCACUCUCAGAUUUAGAUGUGAUGAAAAUCCAUUAUGAUCAAGUGAAAGUUCUGCAGAGCAUUGCUUUCAAGAACUUUGAAGACCUGACACAGUUUAGCUUUUCCAGUAUUGCCUCAGUAGAUGAUACUGCCACACUCAGACAGCAUGUAGAACAGUUGGAAGAUGCAGAUUUGCAGAGACUGUGCCAUUUGUUGCAUUUACUCCCAGAAGCUGAUAGCAAUGAGAGUGACAGGAAGUUCCUGGUUGAAAUAAUCUUGUGGAAGUACCAGCGUCGGAUAUCACAACUUGAAUCUAUUAAUAGAAUGCCUCUGUAUCCAACAGAGCAGAUUAUUUGGGAUGACAACAUAGUUCCCUCCGAGUACUUCUCUGGUGAUGCUUGCCUAGCAUUGCCAAAACUGAAUCUCCAGUUUCUCACUCUGCAUGACUAUUUACUCAGAAACUUUGAUUUGUUCAGAUUAGAGUCAACUUAUGAGAUUCGCCAGGAUAUUGAAGAUGUACUGAUGAGGCUCAACCCAUGGGCAGCUGAAGAUGGAUCUACUUUGUUCCGUGGAUGGGCUCGCAUGGCACAGCCAAUUCAGAAUUUUGCAGUCUGUGAAGUAGCCAAGCCAAAUGUAGGUGAAGAUAAACCAUCAAGAGUCAGGGCAGACAUUACAGUCAACUUGAAUGUCAGGAGAGAAAUAAAGAAUGAAUGGGAAGCCCUUAGAAAGCAUGAUGUUUGCCUCCUGCUUUCUGUAAGGCUUCCAAAAUUGUACCCAAACCCAGAGGGAAGCUUUCCAGAGGAGUGGGGUGUUAGGUACGUCAGAGGCUGCGAAGUGGAAGGCAUGUUGGAUGAAAAUGGCCGUGUUAUAGAAGAAGGACCGGAGCCAAAGCCAGAGCUUAAGGGAGAUACGAGGACCUUCCGUGUGUGGCUUGACUGCAACCAGUACAAAAUUGACAUGGACAACAUCAAAACUGGCAACAACAGUGAAGAUGUGUAUGAAACUUUCAAUGUUCUUAUGAGAAGGAAACCGAAGGAAAACAACUUCAAAGCUGUCCUAGAGACCAUCCGUGACUUGAUGAAUACGAAGUGCGUUGUGCCAGAUUGGCUCUUGGACAUUAUUUUAGGCUAUGGCGAUCCUGGUGCUGCCCAUUACUCACAGAGAGAAAAUGCUCUGGCCACUCUGGAUUUCAAUGACACCUUCCUUGAAUUUGAACAUUUGAGGAAGAGUUUUCCAAGUUAUACCAUAAAUCAUAAUCCAAAAGCAAGUAGAGACCCACCAUUCAAGUUAGCUUUUGAAGACCAGAAGUCAACUAAGCGGGUAGUUGAAGGUGAAGAUACUAAAGUUUCUAAGAUUAUCAGUGUGGAACCAUAUGUUAUACCAAGUCGUGGUCCGUACCCAUACACUGUCCCCCGUAAGAAUCGUGUGCAAUUCACUCCUACUCAGGUUGAGGCCAUUAGGUCUGGUAUGCAGCCUGGCCUCACAAUGGUGGUAGGUCCACCUGGUACAGGAAAGACAGAUGUUGCUGUGCAGAUCAUCUCUAAUAUUUAUCACAACAACCCAGCUGAACGCACACUUGUUGUUACGCAUUCUAACCAGGCUCUUAACCAACUCUUCGAGAAGAUUAUUGCCCUAGAUGUUGAUGAGAGGCAUCUGCUGCGUCUUGGUCAUGGAGAAGAGGCCCUCGAGACUGAAAAGGACUUCAGUAGGUAUGGGCGUGUAAACUAUGUCUUGAGUAAAAGAUUGGAGUUACUUGAUGAAGUCACUCGUCUUAAGGAGUCCCUGGGAGUGGCUGGGGAGAUGGGGGCAUCCUGUGAGACUGCAGGAUACUUCUUCCUGCAGCAUGUGUUAGCACGCUGGGAACGCUACCUAAGCCAGGUCACAGCCACCCCUGGAAAGGCUGUCAAUAUCCUUCAAGUCAGUGAAAUGUUUCCUUUCCAUGUCUUCUUUAGCAAUGCACCACAGCCACUGUUCAAACAGAAAAGUUAUGAAGAAGACAUGGAAAUUGCUGAGGGGUGCUUUAGGUAUUUGGAAAACAUUUUCACCCAGUUGAAAGAAUUUAGAGCUUUUGAGAUGCUGAGAAGUGGAUUAGAUCGUACUAGAUACCUGUUAGUUAAGGAGGCAAAGAUCAUUGCUAUGACCUGUACACAUGCUGCUCUAAAGCGCCGUGAGCUGGUGGACUUAGGAUUCCAAUUUGACAAUAUUCUGAUGGAAGAAAGUGCACAGAUUCUUGAGAUUGAAACCUUCAUUCCUUUAUUACUACAAAAUCCAGAAGAUGGUCGAAAUCGUCUGAAGCGUUGGGUGAUGAUUGGAGAUCACCACCAGCUUCCCCCAGUAAUCAAGAACAUGGCCUUUCAAAAGUACAGCAAUUGUGAACAGAGCUUGUUCACUCGUUUUGUGAGGCUUGGCGUCCCAACUGUUCAGCUAGAUGCCCAGGGUCGAGCUCGUCCUUCCAUUUGUGCAUUGUAUAACUGGCGAUACAAAAACUUGGGAGAUUUGCCUCAUGUUACCUCCUGGCCAGAAUUCCGUACAGCUAAUGCUGGCAUGUGGUAUGAGUAUCAGCUGAUUAAUGUAGAAGACCUUGAAGGUCGUGGAGAAUCAGAACCACGAAAAUAUUUCUAUCAAAAUCUAGCAGAGGCAGAAUAUGUGGUACAUUUAUACAUGUAUAUGAGGUUGUUGGGUUAUCCUGCAUCCAAGAUAUCUCUAUUGACCACAUAUAAUGGGCAGAAGGAACUCCUGCGUGAUGUGGUGGAACAGAGAUGUGCACAAAACCCUUUGUUUGGUCGUCCACACAAGAUCAGUACUGUGGACAAGUACCAGGGACAGCAGAAUGACUACAUCCUUUUGUCUUUGGUGAGAACACGUGCAGUGGGCCAUCUGAGGGAUGUUAGGCGUUUGGUUGUAGCAAUGUCCAGAGCUAGACUUGGUCUCUACAUAUUUGCCCGUGUGUCUCUCUUCAAGAACUGCUAUGAACUGCAGCCAGCUUUCUCCUUGCUCACAAAGAGGCCCCUGCAGUUGCAGCUGGCUCCAUGGGAGAAUGUCCCCACAGAAAGACCAUACACACAAUCACCAAAUGGAGAAGCUGUGGUUGUGAAAGAUGUAAUUCACAUGAGCAGCGUGGUUCAUCAGCUCUACUCUGAUGUGUGUGCCACCAUCAACUCCAUUGUGAGUCUGCAGGCAGGGCCAGGUGCCAUGAUGACACAUGAGUUGCCUCCAGACACAGGUGCUCGCUAUGACUCUGAUGAAGAAACCCCGGCAGAAGAGGAGGCGCAGGCUGAUACUCUCAUUGUUAAUGAGGUGGAAAGCAAGUAAUGCUCUCUGUGAAAAAGGAAAGAGAAAUGGAUCAGAUAAAAAGUUGACUGUACAUUAUUCGUGCUUAAUGAUAGGGAUGCAGUUAUUUUUUGUGUGUAAAUAGACACUAGAUUCUAUACUUUUAUAUGAAAGGCACAAUGACAGUACAGUUUUGUUUUGGGAAAUGAGAAUUAAUUUUAAGAGUAUGUUGAUAUUCUCUUAUGAUAAUCGUAUCAUGAAAAUAAAUAAUACAUUUU